CGCCGUUACAAAGACUUCGCGACGUCAACAUUCUGAGGGGCGGUGGAGGAGCGGCCCAGGGCUUGACAUCUGAUGUAUGAAGCUACAAGGAGAGUUGCAUCUUUGAGGAACCCUGCACUUCCCAUCCAAGACUCCUAAAGCAUGGCAACAAUCCGCCACGGGCUCCAGCGGGAUGUGUUUGAGCCCAGCGAGGAGCGGCUGGUUGGUGUGCUGUAUGUUACCAAGCUGGGGAAGAAGAAGAAGACCAGCUUUCUGUGUGCCACCAUCAACAAAGAGAAGCCUGUGUAUGCCACCAUCCACCAGGUUAAGAAGACAGACAAAGAUGUAUACAAGAAGAAGACUUCGUGGCCCUUACGAGAACUUCAAGUGGUGGAUGGAAGAGACGAAAAUAAGGACACUGCAGAGCUGGACCUGACAUUUGAUCGAGUUUACAAGUGGGUGGCCAACAGCACACCAGACAAGCACACCUUCAUCCAGGUGUUGUGGAAGUUGUGUUGUCGUUACUUACCAAAGCAGAAACCCCAGUUCAUAAACAUUCCAGCAGAGCUAAUUGAGGAGAACACUGACCUCACUGAGAGUGGAGAUGCCAACUCCUCAGCCCUGGACACCAUGGAUGCAGUGCUGGAGGAGGAGGGAGACUACCAAGCCCUGUCUGAGCGAGAGCAGCAGGACCUGGAGAGGCUAAUGGAGCAGUGUGAUUCAGCAGUGAGCAAUGCAGAGGCCUUUGCAGAGCAGCUGUCACGGGACCUUUCAGGGCUGGAUGAUGCCAACAUCCACACCAUGAUGGCCUCAGAGGCACAGGUGGAGGCCCUCAUGGGGAUGAUUGAUGCUGCUUACACUAAGGCAGAGGAGAUUGAGCUGAGGCUGGACUCAUAUGAUGAAAUCUUGCAGCACGUAAAGGAUUCUAUUGAAAAAAUGGCUGACAAAAACACCUCCAUUGAACAGACCAAUGCCAAUAACUCUCGGUUGCUGGAGGAGUUGGACCACCUCAUCAAACAGCUCGACCUGUCCAAGAGUCAUGCACGAGACCUGUAUAAGGCAGACUUGAAUAAGGGGAGUCUGGCCCAGGCCAUCCAGGCAGCAGAGGCACUCCAGGCUGUGAUCAAUGCACCCAUUCCUCCCCACCUGACACAGCUACAGGCAGUGCAGGAUGAAAAAAAGUGUUUUGACAAGUUGAAGACCCGGUUCAGCCUGGUGGUGUCACAUCACCUUAACAACCUCUUUAUCCACCUUGGCAAUGACCCUGGGGAGACGCUGAGCCAGCAUGCUGAGCAGCUCACACUGCCACGCCAUGAAAACCUCCAUGCUGAACUGCAGCCUUACACACGCCUCAUACACUGGACACAAGCUCUUGACCACCGUGCCUACGAGCACCUCACCAAGACCUAUGUUUCCUCCAUCAGCAAGCUAUAUGAACGUGACAUCCGCUGGUUCUUUGAAGAGGCCAGGCAGCGCAUCUCUGGUGGACGGAGGCUGAGGGGGAGUGGCUCUAGUCAGGAUAUUGCUGGUGUGUCUGGCGUGGCAGGGAAGCUCACCUCCCAGAUCAAACAUGGUGCUCAGACACUGGGUACACGCACAGCUGCCUCAGGGGCCUUACUAGGGGUGGACAGGGAUCAGUGGGGCUCAGAACUUGACAUGCAGGAACGUCAGAAGUUUGAUGAGAUCUUUGAACGUGUCCUGAGUGAGCUGCAGCCUGUGUGUCUGGCAGAGCAGGAGUUCUGCAUUGGUUUCUUCAACCUGAAUGCUGCCACUCCAGAGAAGACACCAUCAUCUGUUGCCAGCACUCCAGGAUCCAGUGGGAGUGAGGAGAGCAGUGGGUCCACGACUACCUCCAGCAUGGGUGUGAUGGGCACUCCUGGGCCAGGCAGGGGCCGGCAGGUCAACAAGGAGGUGCGAUCCAUGAUGGGAGCACUGUUCAAUAUUCUAGAACAACAACUGUCCUCCUUCAUCAACACCUACGACCGGGCAGAUUCCUACUGCUGUCUCUACAUCUAUGUGCGUCUCAGUGAGCAUGUGCUGACAGCCGAGGACACAGGCUCCUUCCUCAGCACCACCUUUGGUUCCUGUCUCGUCCAAGCCAAGCGUAACUUUGACAGGUUCAUGAAUCUCCAGAUCCAGUCCAUACAAGAAUGCCGUGUCACCAGAAAGAAGUGUGGCAUUCUGCCUUUCAUCAUUAAUUUUGAGGAAUUUGCCAAGACAGCUGAGUGUGUGUUCAAGAAGAGUGAGCGGCGCACAGAUCUUGACAAGUGGUACGUGCGCCUUGUGAUGGCCAUGUUUGAACACAUUCCUCGAGUAGCUGCAGAACACCAGCGCACUCCUCCUGAGGUGAUAAAGAUGGAGAACUAUCAUGUGCUUCACCAGAUGAUGUUUCAGCUCAAGCUUCCUGGAAUGGACACCCAGAAGAAGGAAGCAAGGCAGCGGUAUAAUGAAGCCCUGGCCCUCUAUGUCACUCAGUACUUUGGCAGACCUCUGGAGAAACUCAAUCAAUUCUUUGAUGGUGUUUCUGCCAAGGUGGCCAGUGGUGUGAAGGAGUCUGAAGUGGGGUACCAGCUGGCCUACAGCAAGCAGGAACUCAGGAAAGUCAUAAAAGAGUAUCCUGGGAAGGAGGUGAAGAGGGGACUGGAGCAGCUGUAUAGAAAGGUGGAGAAGCAUCUGUCAGAGGAAGGCAACUUACUGCAGGUGGUGUGGAGAGCCAUGCAGGAGGAAUUCAUCCGCCAAUACAAGUACAUUGAUGACCUCAUCCACCGCUGCUACCCAGGAGCCAUGAUCUCUCUUGAGUUUUCCAUCGAUGACAUUCUUAACUACUUUUCAGAUAUUGCACAGUCCCACUAAGGCAUCAAGUACAGUGUCUUACUUACUACAAGUGUAUAUAUAUAAUUGGUAUGUAUAUUUAAAUGUAUAGUAGGUUUAUUUACAGUAUACAGUUGCAGUCUAAUCAUGAUAACCCUUAUUGUUAUUAUUAUAGUUUUGAAUGAAAUACUUUUACAUAAAUCUUUUUCAUAUGACAGUUUAUGUACAUUAUGUUGUUAAUCUUUUUUACUUGAUACAUGUACAUAUUUAUAUGAAAUUAUCAUACACAGAAUGCUAUAAUGUUUUUUGUUAUAGUUGUUUAUAUGAAAUCAAACAUUUUUCCUUUUUUUUUUUUUUUUUUUUUUUUUUUUCUCCCACUUACGCAUAUCAAUGGUUGAAGGAUUAUUCCAAUUUCAGGUUAAACCAUUUUCAAUCUUCAAGCAAAUCUGUGAUAUUCAUGAUCUUUAUAGAUUUUCUUCUGUGAGUCACAAUUAUGGUACAAAUGAACUACAAGUAUAUUUUAUCAUUGUACUAUACAUAACAUUGCUGGUAUGUACCAUACAAUAUAUUAUUUAUAAUCAUACUGAAAGUGCUUAAAUCCAUCAAAUGCAAUCCAUUUGGGGGGAAAACCUUUACCAUUAUCAAAAUGUUAUCAUUAUUUUAAAUGGCAGGUGCUAUAUGACAUAGGAUAAGUGCUGCCUUAUUAGUUACAAGUUAAAGAAGGAAAGUAAAUCAUAGAAGUGAGAGCAGUUACACUAUAUGACCAUAGACUGGAGUACAGGAGGACUAGUAGAAAGUGAGGUGACCAAGAGAGUACACAUAAGUAUGAUAGAAAUUAUUAUGUAGUGUUAAAAAGAUUACUUCGGUGAAAUGGGAGGUAGGAGUAUUGAUUUCAAAGUUAUGUUUGAUAAUGAUAUACAGGUAUGUAUGUAUGUAUGUAGGUAUGGAAUGGUAGGGGCUGCAACCUUACCUCCUUGGUGAAUGGGCUAUGAGUAGUCUCAAUUCUACCCGAAGGUCAGUCACUGUGAACUCUGACCUCUUUCUUUUGGGAAAUGACUGGCCGUGUUGAGAUCACAAGAGAUGACUGUGGGUAAAUAACAUACACACACACACACACACACACACACACACACACACACACACACACACACACACACAGAUAGGUGAUGGCUUCUGACUUAGUUUUCAUUUCAAGUUUGAGUCGUAACUGUGAGGGAUGGAAAUUUGUGAAGGAUUUUAGGCUUGUUCAUAUAGCAGCAAAUUUGCAUGAUUAGAUUCAAGGAUAUAACAUUGUCUGCAUUUCAGGAUAGUGUAUACUGCUUACAUCUGGCUCAUGUAAGAACUGUUGGUCUAUAAAAAAAACUGAUGCACCAUCUUCAUUUAAAGAACUAAUUGAAUGUUGCAUGUAAUGUUUCAGUUCUGCAGUGCCUAUUUCUGAGAGUUGAUUUUACAUAUUUAAUUUUAAGCCCAUUGAAAAUACUUUUGAGUCUACAACAUGUUUCAUUGAUGUAUAUAUCUCUGUACAUAUAAUAAGCACCUAUGCACCCUUUGCAUAAUAAGUAAUUAAUACAACUGUGAUGUUUUAUAA